ACCACAGCAGGAGAGACAACAGCCUCAACCUCUACACUCAGUACACAUACGACAUCUGCUCCUGGGAGAAGCCCAACUUCUGCCUCCACCUCCACUCCAAGUGUGAGUUCUACUCUGGAGAACACAUCCCCAGCCCUGACCACACCUACACUCACGUCUACUCUGGUGAAAGUCUCCACUACCGGUGGUACAGCCAUGACAACAACUCAGGACUUAUCCAUGGCCACCUCUGAAACCUUUCAAACUUCUAGAACGUCUUCCCAGUCCACAUCUCCUCCUGAGAUUACACUGUCAUGGUCACCCAACAUCCUCCUCAACUCCCUGGAGAAGAUCUACUGCUGCCACCACCUCCAUACCUCAUGUCAGCUCUACUAUGGAGAACACAUCCCCACCUCUGACCACACCUACAUCCAAAUCUGCUCUGGUGACAACCACUAUUGUUACUGGGACAGCCACAUCACCAUCUGA